UGGAGACAGACAGGCAGGAGGAGAAGCCUGGGAAAGCCUGGCCCUGACCUUGGCUUCUGCCUGAGAGAGGGACUCCCCACUGUGCUGGCCUGGAGGCGGCACUGCCUGCGGGACCCUCCCCUCCCUGGCCUGGGGCUGUGGAGAGUGCAAGGCCAGACCGCAGCCCCAGGGCCCCCAAGCCAGCUCCCCAUGAGCCAUAGCGCCCCUGAGCCCCUGCUCAAGUUCGUGCAGGGCAAAGAUGAGAUAACUGGGGACGAGUAUGACGGUGUGGACAGGGUGGAGAUGAGCUGUGGGCAUGCAGUGGACCCAGAGAACCUGAAGCUCUGGUGCCGCCAGCUGAUAAAACAGGGCAAGUACACACUCCACUGCCCUGCGGAAGUAAAGGGGAAGAAGUGUGGGGCCCAGUGGCUCUACCCGGAGGUACGCCGCUGCACCCAGCUGAGCGAAUCUGAGCAGCAGGAGUUUGAGGAAGGACUUGCCCGGGCUGCAAUGAGACACUACUGCAACCUGAAAGUGUGCCCAGGCUGCAGGAGCCUCGUGGAGCGGAAGGAUCCAGUCGAGCUUCGGGUGCAUUGCACAGUCUGCUGCGCCAUACGGGGUGUGCCCUACGACUUCUGCUGGCAGUGCAUGCAGGCCUGGAAAGGGCCUAUGUUGUCCUCGAACCGUUGUGGCAACAAGGACUGCAGGGACCCGAUCCUGCACAUCCUCGCCACCUGUGCCACCAAGGACCUCCCAGACAGCUCGAUCCAAGCCUGCCCUUCCAUCCGGGCCUGCCCCGAGUGCGGGCUGCUCAUCGAGCACAAGGAGCGGUGCAAGUACGUGACAUGCUCCCGGUGCGACACGAAGUUCUGCUUCGCCUGCCUGGAGACGGCUCAGGCCUGCGAGGCGGCCAAGCCAGCCAGCUGGUUUAAGUGGUGCGCCAAGCCCCUGGCCCCACGGCAAAGCCAUGUUCCUGUGUGGAGCCCAUACCAACAGAGAUUGCUGUUGCAAGGCCAGCCUCUUGAGUUGGAAGCCUUUCAACCGAGAGUUGUUUUUGCCCAGCAGCCAGCGGCAAAUGAGGGGAGAUGUUUGAUUUUAUGAAUAGUGUAAAGCAGGCUCUACUCGGUGCUCCCACCUCCGCCUUUCCUGCCUCAGCCUGAAACAUCCUUCCCCUGCCUUGUGUCACCAGCCUUUUCAGAAACAGAGCUGCUGUGAGGA